CCAACUUUCUCUCUCUCUCCUCACCAACUACACACCUACCCCAAAUGCCUAUUACUCCUUUAAACAUCUCUACUUCCUCUGCUCAUGAAUCGUGAUCCUCUGUCUCUUCCUCUGAUUCUCAAUCCUCUGUUUUCUCCACCUCCUCUGUUUUUUUUCUCAUCAAUGGAGUCGUCACUGUUGUCGACGAGAUCAUCUUGUUAUUCCCCUGCGAUUGGAUUCCUCGACCAUCGACGCGUGCUAUCCCCUCCUCAGUUAUCCAAACCUUCCUUCUCUGUCCUCUCUUCUCUUCCUCCCUCAAAGUCACCACGCUACAGAACCAGCUCCGUUCACGCCGUCACGACCCUCAACGGGCACGAAUCAACAAGAAAGAAACGAGUGGACGAAAGCGAGAGCUUAACUCUCGAAGGCAUCCGAAACUCUUUGAUCCGACAAGAGGACAGUAUUAUAUUCGGUCUGCUAGAGAGAGCCAAGUACUGUUACAACGAAGAUACAUAUGAUCCCACUGCUUUCGACAUGGACGGAUUCAAAGGCUCACUGGUUGAGUACAUGGUCAAAGGCACUGAGACGCUUCACGCUAAGGUUGGUAGGUUCCAGAGCCCUGAUGAACAUCCUUACUUCCCUGAGGAUUUGCCAGAGCCUAUGUUGCCUCCUCUCCAGUACCCAAAGGUUUUGCAUUUUGCUGCUGACUCGAUCAACAUAAACAAGAAGAUAUGGAACAUGUACUUUAGAGACCUUCUCCCAAGGCUAGUGAGGAAAGGGGAUGAUGGUAACUACGGUUCAACAGCUGUAUGUGACGCUAUCUGUCUUCAGUCUCUUUCAAAGAGGAUCCAUUAUGGUAAGUUUGUGGCAGAGGCCAAGUUCCAAGCGUCGCCUGAGGCAUAUGAGUCUGCCAUCAAAGCACAAGAUAAGGAUGCGUUGAUGGAUAUGCUGACGUUCCCGACGGUGGAGGAGGCGGUGAAGAAGAGAGUUGAGAUGAAAACUCGAACAUAUGGUCAAGAAGUGAAAGUGGGCAUGGAGGAGAAAGAAGAAGAGGUGGAUGAGUCUCAUGUUUACAAAAUCAGUCCCAUCUUGGUGGGGCACUUGUAUGGAGAUUGGAUUAUGCCUUUGACAAAAGAAGUUCAAGUGGAGUACUUGCUCAGAAGACUAGACUGAAAAAAAAUGGCUUUGGUAGUAAUGUAGUAAAGUUUUCUUCUUUGGGAAUGUUUUUCAAUUUUAGAAAUCUCUGUUCCGUGUUAAGUUCCACUGUACAAAGAUGAUUGCUAGUAGUUUUCAAGGUUACAUCAUUACAUGCUAAACAGUGUGGUUUAUGUACAUACAAGGAGUUGACAUGUUGUGUC